AUGUCAGACAUCAAAUUCGUUUCCGUUCCCAAGCUCUCCAACCCUGAGCUCUUAAAGCAAAAGGCCUUCAUCGACAACGAAUGGGUUGACUCAUCUAGCGGACAAACUUUCGAUGUUCAAGAUCCUGCCACAGGCGAAAUCAUUGGUAAUGCACCCGACUGUACAAAGGAAGACACUGUCAAGGCUAUCAAGGCAGCCGAAAAAGCCUUAGAAACCUGGUCCCAAACCACCGCUAAAGAACGUCAUGACUACCUAAUCAAAUUGCAUCAAACUAUUAUGGCAAACCAAGAAGACCUCGGUAUCAUCAUCACAAGAGAAAACGGAAAGAUCCUCGAAGAAGCAAAAGGAGAAGUCGAAUACGGAUCUUCCUUCUUUGAAUGGUUUGCUGAAGAAGCUGUCCGUAGUAACGGCACUACCUUGCCCCAGAUCUAUCCUACACAACGUACUGUCACAAUCACUCAACCCGUUGGUGUUGUCAGUAUCGUUUGUCCAUGGAAUUUCCCAAUGGCUAUGAUUGCUCGUAAAGUAGGUGCUGCAUUUGCUGCUGGUUGUACUGUUAUCAUCAAGCCUGCUUCUGAAACACCCUAUUCUGCCUUGGCCGUGUGUGAAAUUGCAAAGAAAAUCGGUAUCCCUGCUGGUGUCAUCAAUGUGGUUACUACACACGAAAAUGUCAAGGAUGUUGGAUUAGAAUUAGCUUCUAACCCUAUUGUUCGAAAGAUUUCAUUUACAGGCUCAACCGGCACUGGUAAACUGUUAAUGUCUCAAGCAUCUGACACCAUGAAGAAGGUAUCUAUGGAACUUGGCGGCAAUGCAGCCUUUAUUGUGUUUGAUGAUGCGGAUAUCGACGCAGCGGUGGAAGGUGCUAUCCCCUGUAAAUUCAAGGGAACCGGUCAAACAUGUAUCUGUGCCAAUCGUUUCUACAUCCAUAAGAGUGUUUAUGAUGAAUUUGCCACUAAAUUAACAAAGAAGAUCUCUGAACUCAAGAUUGGUCAUGGUUUUGAUAAAGAAGCUACACACGGACCCUUGAUUAAUGAUGCCGCCAUCGAAAAGAUUACUAAGCACGUCAAGGAUGCUGUUGAAAAAGGUGCACAAAUCAAGAUUGGUGGUAAACAAGUCGGCGACCAUUUCUUCCAGCCCACUUUACUCACUGGUAUGACUGAUGAUAUGGUGAUUACUACAGAUGAAACAUUUGGUCCUAUUGCCGCGUUAUAUAGCUUUGAAGAUGAAAAAGAUGUCAUCAAGAGAGCUAAUGCUACCCCCUUUGGUCUUGCCGGUUAUUUCUAUUCGCGUGAUAUUGGUAGAGUCUGGCGCGUAGCCGAAAAGAUCCAAACUGGAAUGGUCGGUGUUAAUACUCCAUUCAUCAAUGACUGCUAUGCUCCCUUUGGCGGUAUCAAGGAAAGUGGAUUAGGCAUCGAGGGAUCUCACUUGGGACUUGAUGAUUAUAUUGUUAACAAAACCAUUCAUAUGGGACUCUAA